AAGUUUUAGCCAAACGUUACUUUACAAGGGAAAUGAUUGCUAUUAUGGAAAACUUAUUAAAUGAGGUUUUAAUCACGAGAAACUUUUGGCACAAAAAUGGAAAUGUAAUUGGUUGUAUACAAAUUUUGGCAUACGAACAUUCAAAAUCGUAUUACCAGCCUAUUUAUAGUAUUAUUACAAGUUACACGUUAAUUUUCCAAAUCGAAACUUAUAAUACUACAUUAGAUAAUUCAAAGUAAAGAUUAAGCAUCAUCAAAUAGUUAUGGACGUCAUCUUAUGGCUCAAAAACUAAGAAAUAUCUCAUCUGUGUCAGAUGUGGUUAUUGUCAUUGACGAUACAACCCCUUUAAUUAGAAGCGUUGAAACACAAACGUGUUAUAAUGACAUCGAUAAAAAGUUACUGAAAGUAGCAAAAAUGUGGUCUUUAAAAAAAAUUUCACAAAAAAAAGGCUUAAUGACUCUUUUUUUUCGUGGCUAUGUUCAUGGUUUCUCCUUAAGAAGAAAUGUAAUGCCUGAUUACGACUCUAUACCAGAAUCACCCAAAUGGAGUAAAAUCUCUCUGCUCAUUGAACAAGAACUCCAAGAAAUAAUAAAAUCCGACAGAGAUUGCGAUGAACACAGUAUAAAUGAGAACAAUUAUUGGAAAGUAAGAUAUAUUUCAGAGAACCCUUUGAAAAUGAAACUUUCAGCAAAUAAAAGAAAGCGUAGUGUAUCAUCCAAUAAAUAUGACAUUGGGGUCAAAAAAGCAUUCAAAUUAGAGUUCUCUCCGAGUUCUGAAUUAAAAGAGCAAGUUGAUAUCAACAAAAAAGAAAUAUCCGUGAUUGUGAAGAAGGAAUAUGGUUCUGUAGACUGUAAGCAAAUGAGACAAAAAUUACAGAACAUUAAAAGUGAAAUACCACAAUCAAUUGCAAGCGUUAGUACUCAAACAGGUCGUAUUAAAAUGGACGAAAUCGUAUUAGAAGUAGCUCAAACGUGGUCCUUGAAAGAAAUCUUUAAAACUGAAGGCUAUUCCAUCAUUUUUGACCGCGGAUAUGUAAGCGGGUUUGCUUCGCGAAAUUUUGAAAUGCCAAAUGGUUUUAACAACGUUCCUGAGUCACCACUUUGGAAUAAAAUCAUAAAUCUAAUCGAUAAAAAUCUUUUACCAAAAUGUGAUUUAACAAAAGUUUUACAUUCAACAAACAAAAAACCAUCUCGAAAAAAGUCUAUUAAGCGUGAGCAUAUUUACAAAAAAGAUGUCUUAGAAAAAAUGGAAAUAAAUUCAGCAUUAAAUAACCUUAAAAAACAUUUUUAUUGAUUAAUAAGUUGAUAAUCUAUUUUCUCAUUAAGUUCAAUUUUAUUACAUUUUUUUAAAUUAUUUUAAUGUUGUUUUAGUAUUUUUUAU